GAUCACAAUUCAUCAGUUUCAGACAAAAACCCUAGAGAAAGAAAAUCAUGCCUGAGACGACGAAGACCGAAAUGGCGACUUCUACUAACUCCUCAGCCAAGAAAUCUACCAAGAAGAUCAAUCUCUUGGAUCACAAUUCUAUCAAAAACAUCCUCGAUGAAUCAGUCAACGAAAUCGUCACUGGUCGUGGUCACAUUGAAAAUGUUAAGAUGAGUAACAUUCGUCUUUUCUUGGGGAUUAUCAUCAUUGGUAUUGCUCUUGUUGCUCAAUUCUACCCUAAGAAGUUCCCAGAGAAUAGAGAUUUUCUCAUCGGCUGCAUUAUAUUGUAUAUUUUGUUCAAUGCGAUAUUGCAGCUAAUCAUACACACAAAGGAAAAGAAUGCUAUUUUGUUUACAUAUCCUCCUACUGGAUCCUUCAGCAACACUGGUUUAAUUGUCUCUUCCAAGUUGCCAAGGUUCUCUGAUUUGUAUACUCUCACCAUAGCUAGUGCAGAUCCCAAAUCCAUAUUGGCUAAGCCAACUGUGGAACUCACCAAGAGUGUAACUCAAUGGUUCACCAAGGAUGGAGUUCUAGUUGAGGGCCUUUUCUGGAAGGAUGUUGAUGCAUUACUAAAUAAGUAUGCCAAGGAGUCUAAGAAGAGCAAGUGAAGUUGUUAGAUUCAUCUCUAUCAUGUUGGCGCAUGCGGUUCUUAGGGCAUAUAUGGCAUUGAGUUUAGUUUAAUUAUGAUUUGGCCAAGACGAAUUUUAGACUAAUCAAAAAAAAUUACAUGGGAAUUGGUUGUUUUUUACCUUGCAUACAUGGAUUUAGUCUAACUAUUCAAUUUCAUGGUUUUCUUCUUACAUUUUUGUUUUUAUGAAUGGAUAGCUGGUUACAAGAUGUGA